AUGGCCUCACCAGCAGUGAAGUUGUUCGUUGAAGACGAUCAAGUGGUCAUGGACAAUGGCAUAGUGCAAGUGUAUUUAUCCAACCCUGGUGGAUUUGUUACCAGAAUUCAAUAUAAUGGCAUUGAUAAUCUGCUUGAAACUCGUAAUAACAAAAGAGGAGAUAGAGGGUACUGGGACGUUGUUUGGAGCGAAGCUGGAAGUACAGGAACAACAGGGACAUUUGAACGGAUUGUGGGAACAGGUUUUAAUGUUAUAACGGAAAAGGAGGAACUUGUUGAGAUCUCAUUCACAAGUAAGUGGGAUCCAUCUCUCAAGGGAAAGACAGCCCCUCUUAAUAUUGAUAUAAGGUAUGUGAUGCUUUGUAAUUCGUCAGGAUUCUACUCCUACGCCAUCUUUGAACACCUACAGGAGUGGCCUGCUUUCAACAUACCUCAGAUAAGGAUUGUUUACAAGCUUGGUAAAGACAAGAUCUUGUUUCUAAAGAUGAUGUUGAGAAAUGAUUUGCGUAGGUUUCAUUACAUGGUCGUGUCGGAUGAUAGACAGAGAUUUAUGCCUCUCCCUGAAGACAGAUUACCCGGAAGAGGAGUUGAACUUGUUCCUCCAGAAGCAGUUUUGCUCGUGAAUCCUGUGGAGCCAGAGUUUAAGGGAGAGGUGGAUGACAAGUACCAAUACUCAAGUGAGAACAAAGAUCUUAUGGUUCAUGGAUGGAUAAGUUCUCAAUCUGAAACCGAUCCAGUCACAGGGUUUUGGGUAAUCAUACCCAAUAAUGAGUUUCGAUCAGGUGGUCCAGUAAAACAGAAUCUUACUUCCCAUGUCGGCCCAACAAGUCUAGCUAUGUUUCUGAGUGCUCAUUACGCAGGAGAGGAUAUAGUUCUGAAACUCCAACCUAACGAGCCAUGGAAGAAAGUUUUUGGGCCAACUUUUGUUUAUCUUAACACUUUGUUAGACGGUGAUGAUCCCCUAGUUCUAUGGGAAGACGCUAAAAAUCAGACGAACGAGGAGGUUCAAAGUUGGCCCUACGAUUUUCCAGCUUCGGAAGAUUUUCAGAAGUCUAGUCAACGGGGCAGUGUUUGUGGCACAUUACUAGUCCGAGACAGGUAA